AACUGAUUAAACAGCGAAAGUUGUGUAUGUCUAGACUGGCGCUACAAAACAUAGACAGCAUGAAACCAGUCAGUCUUUUUAAAGCCGGCAACAAGUAGAGACAACUAAAGAAAGCUAAUAAUUUUAUUUUGAAUUUAAUAUACGAAAAAAAAAAAAUAUAUAAAAAUCUUAAAGAAAUGUUAACCAAAACCUUAAAACAUUUAAUCAAUAAUAAAACCAAUCCCGUACAGACAACCUCAGUAUUGUUGAAACGUUUCAUAAGUGCUGCAGUAGAGAAUGAAAAAUUUGUUGUUAUUCAGGAGGAAAACGAUGUAGAUGUUACAUUAAAUCCAUCAAAAGAACCAUUAAAAUUUCCCGGUGUUUGGUUACGUGAUAAUUGUUAUUGCGAACAAUGUUUUCAUCCCACUUCCAAAUCACGUAAACACGAUUGGGAUAAAUUUGAUGUGAAGGUUAAGGUCGAAAAAUUGCAAACAAAUAAUGACACAAAACAACUAAUUGUCAAUUGGAGUGAUAAGCAUCAAUCGGUAUACGAUUUAAAAUGGUUGCAAGAACGUGCCUUUAAUGAUAAGAGACGUGAACAAUAUUUAAAUGAUUUCUAUCGUCCGAAACCCAAACAUUGGCAGGGUUCAGAAUUUGAGAAUAUUGUUGAAACUUUGGAAUUUAAAGAUGUGAUGAACAGUGAUGAGGCCCUUCAAAAAUGGCUUGAAGCUUUGGCAGUACGUGGUGUGGUUAUGAUACAAAAUUCCCCGCUCGAAAAGACUGUCGUACGACAAUUAGCUGAACGUGUUGGUUUUAUACGACGCACAACAUACGGCGAAGAAUUUAUUGUACAAUCAAAACCGGGUGCUAAAAAUUUCGCUUAUCUUUCGGAUCCUCUGCCACUGCACACUGAUUUACCUUAUUAUGAAUACAAACCAAGUUGUAAUAUUUUACACUGCAUGGUGCAAUCAAAAUCACAAGGUGGCAGUAAUUUACUGGUCGAUGCCUUCCAUAUUGCCGAUCGCAUGAAACAGGAACAUCCAGAGGAUUAUAAGAUUUUAACAGAAACUCUAGUGGAUUGGAAUGAUAUUGGCAGUGAGGAUGAUAAACAUUUUCAUAAUAUUUGGCGUGCUCCUGUAAUAUGCUUAGACAAAGACGGAAAUUAUACGCGUAUAAAUCACAGUAUACCCCAACGUGACAGUCAUUUCUCGGUGCAAUUGAGUGAAGUUAUACCUUGGUAUGAGGCCUAUGAGAAAUUUGUACGUCUUGCUCGUAAAGAUGCGUACGCUUUUAAGACAAAACCUGGCAAUGUAUUGACAUUCAACAAUAUACGUCUGUUGCAUGGUCGUGAGGGUUACGAUGAUACCGAAGAUAAUGUACGCUAUAUUGUUGGAGCCUAUUUGGACUGGGACAUAAUCUAUUCAAAGUUAAGAGUAUUAAAAACGGCUGGGAAGGGAAAUUAAAUUUAACUUUUAAUUGUAGAUUUUAGAAUACUUAAGCUCUGCAUUAAUAGCUACUCAGUACUUCCUGCAUCUGACUUAGAUUAAGUUUUAAUCCUUCUUUUAAGUAAUUGGUUAUGAAAUAAAUAAUUAUAUUUCUUAAUAAA